AUGCCUGCCGCCCACUCCGUUGAGAUUGUUGAUGCCUCAGUCCAUCCGGUUGCUGCUGCCCAAUCCGUUGCUGCUGCCCAAUCCGUUGCUGCUGCCCAAUCCAUUGCUGCUGCCCAAUCCGUUGCUGCUGCCCAGCCCCUUGCUGUCAAGUCCCUUGCUGCCAAAUCCCUUGCUGCUGCUCACUCCCUUCAUGCCAACGAGUCCCUUGCUGCUGCCCAGUCCCUUGCUGCCUAUUCCCUCCCUGCUGCCCAGUCCCUAGAUGCUGCCCAGUCCCUUGCUGCUGCCCAGUCCCUUGCUGCUGCCCAGUCCCUUGCUGCUGCCCAGUCCCUUGCUGCCUAUUCCCUCCCUGCUGCCCAGUCCCUUGAUGCUGCCCGGUCCCUUGCUGCUGCCCAGUCCAUUGCUGCUGCCCAGUCCCUUGCUGCUGCCCAGUCCCUCGCUGCCUAUUCCCUCCCUGCUGCCCAGUCCCUUGCUGCUGCCCAAUCACUUGCUGCUGCCCAUUCCCUUGCUGUCUAUUCCCUCCCUGCUGCCCAGUCCCUUGCUGCUGCCCAAUCCCUUGCUGCUGCCCAGUCCCUUGCUGCCUAUUCCCUCCCUGCUGCCCAGUCCCUUGAUGCUGCCCGGUCCCUUGCUGCUGCCCAGUCCAUUGCUGCUGCCCAGUCCCUUGCUGCUGCCCAGUCCCUCGCUGCCUAUUCCCUCCCUGCUGCCCAGUCCCUUGCUGCUGCCCAAUCCCUUGCUGCUGCCCAGUCCCUUGCUGCCUAUUCCCUCCCUGCUGCCCAGUCCCUUGCUGCUGCCCAGUCCCUUGCUGCUGCCCAGUCCCUUGCUGCCUAUUCCCUCCCUGCUGCCCAGUCCCUUGCCGCUGCCCAAUCCCUUGCUGCUGCCCAGUCCCUUGCUGCCUAUUCCCUCCCUGCUUCCCAGUCCCUUGCUGCUGCCCAAUCCCUUGCUGCUGCCCAUUCCCUUGCUGCCUAUUCCCUCCCUGCUGCCCAGUCCCUUGCUGCUGCCCAAUCCCUUGCUGCUGCUGCAGUUGUCCUUGCUGCUGCCAUUGCUCUUGCUGCUGCCAAUGUCCUUGCUGCUCCCCUUCCCCUUGUUGCUGUCUCUGUCCUUGCUGCUCCCCUUCCCCUUGUUGCUGCCCUUGUCCCUGCCAGUGCCUAUCCUCUCGCUGUUUCGGCUGUCCUUGGUGCUUCGCUCUUCCUCUCUGUCCUCGCACGUGCUAAUGUUGUGGCCCUUUAA